AUGGCGCCGCAAAGUAGUGGGGGUAGUGAGGAGGAUGAUAUUGACCACAAAAGUGUGAAACAUUUAUUGGAUAGCAUAGGGAAAAAAGUACACGACAAAGUGAAAAGUGAAGCUAACCAAUAUAAAGAUGACUUGAAAGGAAAUUUGCAGCAUGCAAAAGAUAUGGGGGAAAGAGCUAGCAGCAAUAAAACAUGCGACCUUGUAAAAGAAUAUUAUGAGCACUUUAAUGGUGAUGCUAGCGAUAAAAGGCAGCCGUGCAAAAAAGACACAAACGGAAACGAUGUAGAGCGUUUUUCGGUUAAACAACAAGCAGAAUAUGAUAACAAAAAAAUGAAAUGUAGUAAUGGUAGUAAUGGUAAAAAUGAAGGAGCAUGUGCGUCGUUUCGACGAUUAAAUUUAUGUAACAAAAAUAUGGAAAACAUGGACACAAAUAAUAAUGAUGGUAAAGCUAAACAUAAUUUAUUGGCAGAGGUGUGUCUUGCAGCAAAGUAUGAAGGGGAUUCUUUAAAACAUUAUAGUAAAAAACUUAACCUAACUUAUACUGAUUCUCCUUCCCAAUUAUGUACUGAGUUGGCACGAAGUUUUGCUGAUAUAGGAGAUAUUGUCAGAGGAAAAGAUCUUUUCCUUGGUCAUAAACAAAGAAAAAAAGAAUUAGAAAAAAGAUUAGUAGAAAUGUUUAAGAACAUUCAGGGUAAUAAUUCAAAACUCCGAACUCUUUCACUAAAUCACGUAAGAGAAUAUUGGUGGGCACUUAAUAGAGACCAAGUAUGGAAAGCUAUCACGUGCGACGCGGACACUGGUAAUGCAUAUUUUCGAACAACGUGCAGUGAUAGUCAUCGUAGUGGAACUUUUUCUCAAGCUAAGGAUAAAUGCCGCUGUAAGGACGAAAACGGCAAAAAUGAGACCGACCAGGUUCCCACAUAUUUUGACUACGUGCCACAGUUUCUUCGCUGGUUCGAGGAAUGGGCAGAAGACUUUUGUAGAAAAAAAAAAAAAUAUGUUGAUAUAGUUAAAACAUAUUGUCGUGAAAAAGAUAAAUAUGGUAACGAACGAUAUUGUAGUGGUAAUGGCUACGAUUGCACAAAAACUAUAUAUAAAAAAGGUAGAAUUGUUGUAGGUUAUGAAUGUACAAGCUGUUCUGUUUGGUGUCGUAUGUAUGAAAAAUGGAUAGAUAACCAGAAAAAAGAAUUUCUAAAACAAAGAAACAAAUAUCAAACAGAAAUACCAGUUAAUGGUAGGAAAAGACGAAGUACAACUAGUAAUUAUAAAGGAUAUGAAAAACAAUUCUAUGAAGAAUUUAAACGUAACUAUGGUGACGUUAAUAAAUUUUUGCAAUUAUUAAAUAAAGAGGCAACAUGCAAAACUAUUGGAGAUGAAAAAGAAAAAAUUGAUUUUACUAAAAACGUUGAGGAUCAUAAAAAUAUUAAUAGUCAAGGAACGUUUUAUCAUUCGCAAUAUUGUGAAGUAUGUCCCGGAUGUGGGGUCAAACAUAAUGGUAGUGAAUGGAAAGAGAAAAAUAAUGGUCAAUGCAAAGGUGGAAAACGUUAUACAAUUAAAGAUAAUGCCCCGUCUACUAAUAUAGAUGUUCUUUUUUUCGGUGAUAAACGUGAUCAGAUAAAAAGUAAAAUGGAGAAGUUUUGCAAUCAAACAAAUGGUUCUAGUGGUGAUUGUGGUGGUACUAAUAGUGAUUCUUCUUUGUGUGAACCAUGGCAAUGUUAUGAAGGUAAACAUGUACAGAAAGAUCAAAAUGCACAGGAGGAUGACGAUGACGGCGAAUAUGACAAGGAUUAUACAAAUAUAGAAAAUGCAGGCGGAUUAUGUAUAUUGCAAAACAAAAAUAGAAAAGAAAAAAAGUCUGAAAAGGAACCUGAGCAAUUCCAAAAGACGUUCAACGAAUUUUUUUACUUUUGGAUAGUACGUUUUUUGAACGAUUCUAUGUAUUGGAGAGGCAAAAUUGGGGGAUGCUUAAAAAAUAAAUCAGAAAAAUGUAAAAAUGAAUGUAAUACAAAUUGUAAAUGUUUUUUAAAAUGGAUUGGAAAAAAAAAAACCGAAUGGGGGAAAAUAGUAGAACAUUUUAACACGCAAAAAAAUCUUCCAAUGGAUCAUGUCUUAAUUCUUAAAUUUGUUUUGAAAUUAGAGGAUCUUUUCAAUAAUAUUAAAUCGGGUUAUGGGAAUGUAAAGGAAUUAAAAGGAAUUAAGAACAUGUUGAAAGAGGAAGAAGAAAAAAAUAAAGAAGAAGAAGAAGCAGGUGCUAGUGGUGGCGAAAAUAAGAAUACGUCAAUUGAUAAAUUACUAAAACACGAAGAAGACGAAGCCAAUAAAUGCCUAAAAACCUACAAAGAAAACUGCCAACAACAAGAAAAUACCUCUGGUGGAAGAACUGGAGAACCACGACCUGCCGCCACUGACCCCACUGCCUCCACUGGUAGUGGCGACGACGAAGACGACGAUGAUGAUGAUGACGACGAAGACGACGAUGAUGAUGAUGACGACGAAGACGAAGAGGAGGCGGAGGCGGCGGAGGGGGACACGGAGGCGGAAAACCCGGAACAGGGGGAGGAGGAAGAGAAGGGACCAUCACAAGAGGACCCCAAGGUUUGUGAAACAGUAGACAAAGCACUCACUGGUGACACCACUGCUCUCAAAGAUGCCUGUCCAACCAAAUACGGCCCAAAGGCACCCACAAGUUGGAAGUGCAUACCAAGUGGUGACAAAGCAGCCACAAGUGGUGAGGGUGACAGUGGUCCCUCACGUAAACGACGUGACACCACUGGUGGUGAAUCCACCACAUCUAGUAGUGCCACCACUGGUGGUAAAGACGGAGCCACUGGUGGUAGUGUUUGUGUGCCACCCAGGAGGCGAAAACUAUACGUGGGGGGAUUAACGAAGUGGGCAGAAAUACAGUUGAAAUCACAGGCAGGUGGUGAUAAAGCCACGCAGGAAGGUGAUGGUAACGGUGGUAGUGAGACACAACCACAAGGUGGCACACCCUCACAACCAGACCCCAAAGUGGAACUACUCAAAGCAUUUGUUGAGUCCGCCGCGGUAGAAACCUUCUUCCUAUGGGAUAGGUACAAAAAAGAAUGGAUGGCACAAAAGUUGGCGGAACAAGGACUAACUGGUGGACUACCCGGCCUCUCCAGUAGCGUCCUCGGUGAAGAGGAGGAACAGCCCCCCCAAUCCAAAUUACAACAAACUGGUGAAAUCCCCCCCGAUUUUUUGCGUCAAAUGUUUUAUACUUUAGGAGAUUAUAGAGACAUUUUGGUGGGUAACAGCACACACAUUUUGGAGGCUGUAACUAUUGGUAGUAAUAACGAAACUGGUAAAGAGAUUAUGAAGGCAAUACAAGAGAAAAUACAACAAAUUCUCCCCCAAAAUGGCGACAAACCUGGCAAAACUAGUGGCACAACCCCUCAAGCCUUGUGGUCAAAAUACGCCGAACCCAUUUGGAAUGGAAUGAUAUAUGCUUUAACAUACAAAGACAACACCGACAGUGGCGCAAAAGGCAAACCACCAACACAAGAUACACAAGUGAAAACAAAACUUUGGGACGAAAACAGCAAAAAACCCAAAAAAAACGCCGGACCCGAAAGCAACAUCGACUAUACGUAUGAAAACGUGGUACUUAAAGAAGAUGAAAGUGGUGCCAAAACCACUGGUGGUGACACCCCCCUCACCAACUUUAUAUCACGCCCCACCUACUUCCGAUACCUUGAAGAAUGGGGAGAAACAUUUUGUCGACAAAGGACGAAGAGGUUGGAUAAGAUAAAGGAAGAUUGUGAGGUGGAUGAUGAUGAUAACAAAUGUGAUGGUGAUGGUUUUUACUGUACUCAAAAGGUUACAAAUGAGGAUGAAACUAUUAAGGGUUUCGAUUGUUCGACGUGUGCCAGACAUUGUAGAUUUUAUAAAAAGUGGAUAGAAAGAAAAAAAGACGAAUUUACUGAACAAAAAAAUGCAUAUAGUAAACAAAAAGAAAAAUGCAAAGAGGGAAGUGAGAGUUCUAAACAAUUUUGUGGAACACUAAAAGAUGACGCUGCAGCAUUUUUAAAUAAGUUAAAAAGCGGACCAUGUAAAAAUGAGAGUGGAGAGGGUCCAAUAAAAUUUGAUGAUCAAGAUAAAACAUUUAAACAUACAGAAUAUUGUGGUCCAUGCUCUCAAUUUACUGUUGAUUGUAAAAAUUGUAAUGGUGGUCAUACAAAAGGGAAGUGCAAAAAUAAAACGAUUACUGAAGAGGAUAUUAAAACAAUGAACGAUCAUAAUCAUGUUGUUAUGGGUGUCAUUGAUAACAGCGCAAAAGGAUUUGAUGAUGGUUUAGAGGCUUGCAGAGAUAAAUGUAUAUUUGAAGGUAUUAGAAACGAUGUAUGGAAAUGUGGCAAAGUAUGUGGUUUAGAUGUAUGUGGUCUGAAAAACGCUAAUGGGAAAAACUAUGAUCAAAUUAUAUUAAUUAGAGCAUUAUUUAAACGUUGGGUAGAAAAUUUUUUUGACGAUUAUAAGAAAAUUAAACAUAAAAUUUCACACUGUAUAAAUAAUGGAAAUGGAUCUAUAUGUACAAGUGAUUGUGGGAAAAAAUGUAAUUGUGUGAAAGAUUGGAUAACUAAGAAAAAGGAUGAAUGGAAAAACAUAAAAGAACGUUUCCGUGAACAAUAUAAAAAGCCCGAUAAUUACAAUGUCAGAAGUGUUUUGGAGGAAGUGAUACCUGAAAAUCAUCUUGUAAACACUAAAAAUAAGGUUAUAAAAAUAAGUAAGUUCGAUAAUUCUUGUGCAUGUAGUGCCAGUGCGAUCUCAACAAAUGGUAAUGAGGAGGAUGCUAUAGAUUGUAUGAUUAAAAAUCUUGAAAAAAAAAUUGACGACUGCAAUAGGAACCACAACCCUAGUGACAAAGAAUGCAACGAAACAUUAGCACAAACGCCUGACGAAACUUUUGACAAUGACAUAGAAAUAGAGGAGGCGAAGAAGAUGGUGCCAAAAUUUUGUAAAAUAGAGGAAGAAACAAAAGAAGCAGUGGAUGAAGAAGGCGAAUGUAAAGCAUCAUCCCCUGCUGAACCCAAAGUACAAGAAGAAAAAGAGGAGCAAAAAGAUAAAAAAGAUGAAGAAACAGAGCAAGCGGCACCAACAGGUGACAAAGGCACAAAGGAACUUCCAUUAACACCAAGACCGAGACCUGGACCACAACCAAAACCCCCCCCUCAAGUGGAAAAAAAUCCGUGGGAACAUCCCAUUGUCAUACCCGCCCUGGUGACCUCCACCCUCGCCUGGAGCGUUGGCAUCGGUUUUGCUGCAUUCACUUAUUUUUAUCUAAAGAAAAAAACCAAAUCAUCUGUUGGAAAUUUAUUCCAAAUACUGCAAAUACCCAAAAGUGAUUAUGAUAUACCGACAAAACUUUCACCCAAUAGAUAUAUACCUUAUACUAGUGGUAAAUACAGAGGCAAACGGUACAUUUACCUUGAAGGAGAUAGUGGAACAGAUAGUGGUUACACCGAUCAUUAUAGUGAUAUUACUUCAUCUUCCGAAAGUGAGUAUGAAGAAUUGGAUAUUAAUGAUAUAUAUGCACCACGUGCUCCUAAAUAUAAAACAUUGAUAGAAGUGGUACUAGAACCUAGUGGUAACAACACAACAGCUAGUGGUAACAACACAACAGCUAGUGGUAAAAACACACCUAGUGAUACACAAAAUGAUAUACAAAAUGAUGGUAUACCUAGUAGUGAUACACCUAUGAAUAAAUUUACUGAUGAGGAAUGGAAUACAUUGAAAGAUGAAUUUAUAUCACAAUAUCUACAAAGUGAACAACCAAAUGAUGUACCAAAUGAUUAUAGUAGUGGUGAUAUUCCAUUGAAUACACAACCGAAUACUUUAUAUUUUAAUAAACCUGAAGAAAAACCUUUUAUUACAUCUAUUCAUGAUAGGGAUUUAUAUACUGGAGAAGAAUAUAGUUAUAAUGUUAAUAUGGUUAAUAGUAUGGAUGAUCCAAAAUAUGUAUCAAAUAAUGUAUAUUCUGGUAUAGAUUUAAUUAAUGACGCACUAAAUGGUGAUUAUGACAUUUACGAUGAAAUAUUGAAACGAAAAGAAAACGAAUUAUUUGGAACAAAUCAUACGAAAAAAAAUACAUCAACCAAUAGUGUUGCAAAAAAUACAAAUAGUGAUCCUAUACUCAAUCAAAUAAAUUUGUUUCAUACAUGGUUAGAUAGACAUAGAGAUAUGUGCGAAAAGUGGGAAAAUGAUAAUGAGCGGUUAGCCAAAUUGAAAGAAGAGUGGGAAAAUGAGACACAUAGUGGUAACAAACAUAGUGACAUACCUAGUGGUAACCAUGUGUUAAAUACUGAUGUUUCUAUACAAAUACAUAUGGAUGAUCCUAAACCUAUAAAUCAAUUUACUAAUAUGGAUACUAUCUUGGACGAUCUGGAAAAAUAUAAAGAACCUUAUUAUGAUGUGCAAGAUGAUAUUUAUUAUGAUGUAAAUGAUCAUGAUACAUCAACUGUGGAUACUAAUGCUAUGGAUGUUCCUAGUAAAGUACAAAUUGAAAUGGAUGUAAAUACCAAAUUGGUGAAAGAGAAAUAUCCUAUAGGAGAUGUGUGGGAUAUAUGA